CAGUGUUUUAACAACCUAAUAGUGUUUAUUACAACUCUUCGUCUGAGCCCAGGCUAUGAAUUCUAUGAGCGGAUAUAUUCGUGCGGGACACAACAAUGGCGGUGGAGCGGUAAGUUUUGGGAAAAAACCGGAGUUUCGUGCAAGGAUCGGUGCCUCACUGACUCACUCGAGGAUGAAAUUCUUGCCUUCCUUAUAGAUGAUAAAGCCCAGCUGCACACGUAUGACGAUCUCACCAAAGUCAAUCCUGUGACACCAACAACUGUGCUGAGAUGCCUGCAGGCCAGAUACAGCGUGAAAGUAUUUUACACGCAUGCUGGCUGCACCUUGGUGGCUCUUAACCCCUUCCAACCUGUUCCUGACCUUUACUCUCUGGAUGUGAUGAAAGAAUAUCACCAUGCUCCCCAGCUCAAGGAGCCUAAGCCGCACAUCUUUAUUGUGGCAGAGGAAGCCUACAGGAAUGUUCAGGGCCAGUUGGGGCCAGUGGACCAGUCCUUGGUGAUCAGCGGGGAGAGCGGUGCGGGAAAGACAUGGACUUCUCGCUGCCUGAUGAAAUACUAUGCCACAGUGGCAGCCUCCUCAUCAGUGGUGGAGAAGCAGGACACUGUAGAGAGGAUAGAGAGGAGAGUGCUGGACUCCAACCCCAUAAUGGAAGCUUUUGGCAACGCGUGCACACUUCGCAACAACAACAGCAGUCGCUUUGGAAAGUACAUCCAACUCCAACUUGACAGGUGUCAGCUUUUAAUAGGAGCAUCUCUGCAGACAUAUUUACUGGAGAAGACCAGAGUUGCUUACCAACCAGCUAAUGAAAGGAACUUUCACAUAUUUUACCAGAUGAUGAAAGCAGCUACCAAAGAGCAGAGAAAAGAGUGGAAGAUGCCACAUGGUCGCCACUUUGUGUGGCUGCCAAAUGUGGGAAAAACAAUUGAGGAGGACUGUUUUCAAGAGACACUUGAUGCGAUGGUCCAUCUACGUAUCGAUACAGAGAGGCAGAGAGAGAUAUUUAAGAUACUGGCAGGUAUUCUGCAUCUGGGGAAUGUGAAAUUCUCAAUUUCAUCAGAUGAAUCACAGCCAUGUGACAUACAGGAACAGUCCAAAGAUUCCUUGCAUCGGGCUGCUGAACUGUUGCAAAUCCCUGCUGAGGAGCUUCAAACGUGUCUAAGUGUGAGGACAUUAAAAGCAGGGAGGCAGAGUGUACACAAACCCUGUUCCCAGUUAGAAUGCUGCGUGCGGAGAGAUUGCCUUGCUAAAGUCACCUAUGCCCAAUUAUUUGAAUGGCUGGUGACAUUUAUCAACAACAGUAUUUGUGCCGACAAAUCCACCUGGUCCAACUUCAUAGGUGUGCUAGAUGUGUAUGGCUUUGAAUGUUUCCAGACUAACAGUUUGGAGCAGCUUUGUAUCAACUACGCCAAUGAAAAACUCCAGCAGCACUUUGUGACGCAUUAUCUACGAGCUCAGCAGGAAGAAUAUGUGUCUGAAGGAUUGCAAUGGUCCUUUGUAAAAUACCAAGAUAACCAAAGCUGUCUGGAUCUCCUCGAAGGAAGCCCUAUUAGUGUGUUUUCUCUUCUUGAUGAGGAGAGUCGUUUAAAUCGAGCCUCGGAUGCCAAAGCGCUCAGGAUUCGCCUAGAGAAGGAGCUUGCUGACAGCGGCAACAUCAACUGGGAUAAAUUCAGCAAGGUGCCACACUUCACUGUGGCCCAUUAUGCUGGCAAAGUCAACUAUAAGAUCGAAGGCAUGGUGGAGAAAAACAAGGAUCCAGUGGCCCCUGAGAUCAUCAGUCUGCUUCAAUUGUCAGAUAAUUGUCUGCUUCAGGAAAUCUUCACAGAAAAGGAAACUGAGAACAUCUCAAGCAAGGGGCUCAGUAAAGUCACCGUAGUCUCAAAAUUCAAGAACUCUCUGGAGAGCUUAAUGAACAUCCUCCACUCCACAACUCCUCACUACACUCGCUGCAUUAAACCCAAUUCAGACUGCAAGCCAUUCAUCUUUAAAAAGGAAGAGGUGACCAUGCAGUUGGAGGCUUGUGGGAUUGUCGAGACAAUACACAUAAGCGCUGCCGGCUUUCCUAUAAGAAUUCCAUUCAAGUGUUUUAUACAACGCUAUGGAUGCAUACUGACACACUCAAGUUCCAAGUCCGAAGCGCAAAAUCCUGUGAAGGUAGGCUGUGAAAAGGAAAAUGAUCUGCAGGAGGUGCAGAGGCUCCUUGGUCUGGUGUUUCAACAUCCAGCACAACAUCUGAGAAGGGAACCCAAAUCUUUGGUGCAUUGUGGGAAGACCAAAGUUUUUCUCACCCAGUCAAUGUUAGACUUACUGGAAGAUUGGAGGAAGAAGAUUCUCUCUAAGUGCGCUUUCUGCAUCCAGUGCUGCUGGAUACGCUACCAACGGCGCAAACGUCAUGAGCGGCGACAUUCUGCUACUGUAAUCCAAGCAGCGGUACGUUCUUGGCUCGUCAGGAGACGGGUCCAGAGAUGGGACAGAGCUGCAGCGCUUAUUCAGAAAUCCUGGAAGAAGUGGAGGGCACUGCUGAAGUCAUUGGCUGAGGCGGAGCUCGAUGACGUAGAAGAUCUCAUCAUGCAGGAGGACCUGCCAGAAUUAAACGCCAUCAUCAGGGAACGGGGCUCGGUGCAGCUGUCCAGCAUCCAGGAGCCCGUCACAGUGCGGGGAUGGCCUAUGGGGCUGGUUUUGCCCUCGCCUCCGUCCAUCGCUGUGUCAAUGAGGGCCACGGCAUUUCAUAAGAUGAUGUCUGUGGUGGCUUCUCUCAAUCUUCCAUGCAAGAGAGGAGAGUACAAGGUGGAGACCAACCAGAACACGCAAGGGAUCGCCUCCAUUCGGGCUCAACCCAAGGGAUCCGUCAAACUGCACUGCCAACAGUCGCCCCUGCUUUAUGCAAACCGGCAACCAGAGAUGAAGAGUAAUGUGACCGGCUUCAAUGAAAUCCUGUUGGAGAAGACGCUCUAAAGUUUGUAAGCCGACUUCCAUGAGUAAGGUGCUUUUGUAGAAAUGUCAUGUGACACAAAGAGAAAUUUGGUCACAUUACUUUUCAACAUUAGGUGGCGUUUCAAUGCAGUAAUCAGGUUAAAAAAAAAAGUGCCCUUACAUUUCUGGGUCACAGGCCAAAUAAGGUAUUCUUGCUACAUGGUGCUGCUAACUUAGAGCCGCGAUUCUCCAUAGUGGCCUUUCUGACUCAAAUCAUUUAUACUUUAAGGUAUUUGUGUACAUAUGACAUGCUUUACAUGAUUUAAGGGAAUGUACAUGGCAGGGCGUGCAGACCCACUAUAAAAAAUAAUCAGUGCGAAAGAUUGUUGACAAAAAUGUUCUGCAUAGUGAGCUUUCAAGCAAAAUUCAAACGAACUAUAACCUUUACAGGUGAACUUAAUUUGACCUUCUCUGAAGAAAUGAGUAAGAACGCAUGUCUAAUUUUGUAUUUCGUACUUUAAGAGAGUAGACGUUGUGCAAAAAGUACAGAAACGAUGAGCAGUUGGACAUGCAUUGAACAUUUUACUCAACGCCAAAGCCCGAUUUCCCUAACUUUGGACACUAAUGACAAGCACUAUUGUAAACAGAUGAAUAUUACCUCUUGAGGAAAAUGUA